AUGGCCGGGCCGUCGCAGCGCCUCGCGUCCCUCCUGCUGCUGCUCUGGGGCUGCCUCUGCCCGCCCGCCCGCGCCGGCCUCUACUUCAGGGAAGGGCAGCACUGCUACAAGCCGGCCCCGCGCAAGGCUCCCGGGCUGAGGAGCUACCCCCGCCCGCACGAGUACCUGGACGUCUCGGCGCUGCCCCGCAGCUGGGACUGGAGGAACGUGAGCGGCGUCAACUACGCCAGCACCACGCGGAACCAGCACAUCCCCCGCUACUGCGGGUCCUGCUGGGCCCACGGCAGCACCAGCGCUCUUGCAGAUCGAAUCAACAUAAAGAGGAAAGGUGCGUGGCCUUCUGCCUACCUCUCCGUUCAGAACGUGAUUGAUUGUGCUGACGCAGGAUCCUGUGAAGGUGGAGACCACUCGGGUGUUUGGAAGUAUGCCCAUGACCAUGGCAUUCCAGAUGAGACCUGCAACAACUACCAAGCUAAGGAUCAAAAGUGUAAGAAGUUUAACCAGUGUGGAACUUGUGUCACUUUUGGAGAAUGCCAUGUGAUAAGGAACUACACUCUCUGGAAAGUUGCUGACUAUGGGUCUGUCAGUGGAAGAGAAAAAAUGAUGGCAGAAAUCUAUACUAAUGGACCAAUUAGCUGUGGCAUAAUGGCUACUGAGAAGUUGGAUGCUUACACUGGAGGACUUUAUACAGAGUACAACUCCUCGCCUGUGGUGAAUCACAUUGUAUCUGUGGCUGGCUGGGGCGUAGAAAAUGGAACAGAAUACUGGAUUGUCCGUAACUCGUGGGGUGAACCCUGGGGUGAAAGAGGGUGGCUGAGAAUUGUGACAAGUGCAUAUAAAGGUGGAAGAGGAGCAGAGUACAAUCUUGCUAUUGAAGAGGACUGUGCAUAUGGAGAUGCUGUACUUCCUUGAUUCUAUAUUGUACACUUUUCUGUUUAGGAACUACUUUGUUUGGAAGCUUCCCAGAACAACCUUUUUCUUUUUAAAGAACAGUAGCCUAAAAGUCUUUCACAGUUCAACACCAUGAGACAGUUUGGCAAAAUUAGCCCAGAUAACAACACACAAUGUCUUUAAAGU